GGGUCCAGCUGUUUGAGUCGCUCGUAUCAGACUAUAUAUACGGCAUUUUCAAAUUGACAAGCUGCGCAUUUUCUCGAAUUUUACCCUGAAAAUUACACGAGCAUUUCUUGACAGCUCGUUGAUACUAGCGUAAAAGCAGCGACGCUUAAUUACGCCGGCCGCGGCCUUUCCAUCCCCGUCGCAUGAAGGUGGCUUCAAGAUAGCAUAACCUCGCAAAGACGGUAUACAGAGACAUCCUGUGAGAAGACAUAAGAAAUAAAGUCAAAUUAAAACCCAAGGUUCAUGGUCUCCCCUCGAUGGACCGAUGAGCCUGCAAGGGCCGUAUAGAAUACAACAUUCUGACUCAUAUACAUCUUCACAAUUUAAUCUCCAACAUGACUGUCUUCUCUCUAGUAAUCAUCAACAAGGCUGGCGGUCUGGUUUACAACAAGACCUUCCACGAAGGCGGCCUCAACAAAAUCAGCACUAAUGACUUCCUCGUAUUAGCAGGCACUUUCCAUGGAGUCCAUGCCAUCACUGCGCGCCUGAACCCCAUCAAGCCAGUAGCACAGCCGCCUGCUCCUGGCUCAACUGAAAUGCCGAGCCGUCCAGAGCCUUCAUCUGGGUUGGAAGUCAUGGAAACAGAAAACUUCCGUUUGCAGUGCUUCAACACCUUGACAGGCACCAAAUUCUUGCUCUUCACUGAAACUACACAAACCAACGUGGACGUCACCAUCAAGAGGAUAUACGACUUGUACGCCGAUUAUGUCAUGAAGAAUCCCUUUUACUCUUUGGAAAUGCCUGUACGGUGCGACAUUUUCGACCGAAAACUACUGUCAUACAUUAGAGAAAUUAAUAACCGAUAAGAACAAGGGCGUGGCUGGGAUCAGCAGGUAUAGAAUGGGAGGUAUCAUGAUCAGAGUUAGAAUUCCAUAUUAAGUCCUCAAAUGAAUCGCGAUUAAAAUAUCUAGCGUUCUCCUCUAAGGUUCCAUUGAUUAUUUAGUUAUACACCCUCUAUCGUGGCAUUGUAACUAAGGUGCGUAUUAAGAAGUAUCCAUCGUGUCGUCCUUGUCCUUGCUCGCGCCACCACCACUGCCGCUGCCGCUGGCUUCGUUCUCUUCCUUGACACUAUCCAGAGAUGCCUUCUUUGCCGCCUCCUCUUCCUCCUUCGCCAGCUUCUCUUGUCUGGCCUUUUCUUCUUCCAUACUCAUGCGUAGAGCGAGGGCCAGCUCAGGUUCUAGCGCGGGGUCAAAUCCAAACUCAAAUUCGUCAUUGCCGCCCAUGCCACCGCCUCCUGAUCCAGCUCCCUCGCCGAGCAUGAUGGGCGUCGAGAUGAGCUGGUCACUUAGCAGUUUGCUGCUAGGUGGGAUGACCACCAGGUGUGAGCCCUCGUUGCCCUUGACGGCAUCGUUGAAUGCCUGGAGUUUCUUCUGCGUGGCGUCAUCCUCGAGAUCACCAAAGAUAACAAAGUCGACAGAAAUAUUGCCCUUCUUCAUCUUCUUGGCUAGCUGUACAAGCUCCUUCUCUUGGUCUUCGACGGGGGAGCAAACAAAUGCUAUUAUUCGUUGGCGCUGGGAUCGGUUCUGUCGGUGCUUGAGGGCGAGCUAUUGGGGUCCAGUCAGCUCAACAGGCC